CUGGUCACUCUUCAUGAAGUACGUAAUUGUACAACAAUUAAUAGAUACUUCAUUUUUGCGGUUAUCUUGUUGAUUAUGUCAAUUCUGAAUACAUUAUGUCGAGCAGGAGUAUUGGCGCGAGCGAAUUUAACUCAUAAAUUUGAUCCGGUGAGAGCCAUCACAUUUUCGUUAACACGUUGUUCCGAGGAAGGAAAUGCAACUGAAGGGGACAAUGUAGCUGCAGAUACUUCCAAGGUCGAAUGUAAACCAAUUAUAACAGCAGAGACCAGCAUCAAAUACAUGAAUAGCGAUGCUUACAAGCAAACAUAUGGAAAUGAUCCAAUAUGGAAAAUGUAUAAAAGAAAUCACAAAGGAAUGUUUCCACCUAGGAAAACUCGAAAAACUUGUAUAAGAGGGGGCCAAAUCACCACUGGAAAUCCAUGUCCCAUAUGUAGGGACGAAUAUCUCGUAUUUGAUUAUAAAAACGUCAAGCUGCUUGAACAGUUUAUUGACCAACAUAACGGAGACGUCCUAAGUUAUUCCAAGACAAAUAUUUGCCAAAAGAGGCACAAAGAACUCUUAGUUGCUUUAACCAAGGCCAAGGAUUACGGGUUUAUCAAAUACGACGUUCCUAUAAGACAGUACGAUUAUUCAGAGUGGAAACCAUCAAACAAUUAAUUUUUAUUAAUUUAUAUUAUCAUAUUACGACGUCUGUAUUUCUUUAUUAAAUAUGGAUAAAUCCAAGAAAAAUAUGGAAACAAUGGAAUCUACAUUUGUCAUAAUAGGAGGUGGUAUAGCUGGAGUAUCUUGCGCUGAAGGAUUGAGCUUUCUCGCUCCAGAGGAAAGCAUAAUUUUAAUCACUGCUAGUCCCCUAGUUAAAGCUGUGACUAAUGUAGUUCCUUUAGGCAGAACACUAAUGCAUUUUGACGUAGAAGAAAAAAAUGCAGCAGUCUUAAGCGAGAAGUAUGAAACGUUACAAGUUAUUCAUGAUACUGCAGUUAAAAUUGACCCGACCGAGAAGCUGGUAGAAACCAGCAGUGGGAAAGUUAUAAGUUACAAAAUAUUGUGUCUUUGUACCGGCGCAAAACCUAAACUGUUAGCCGAAAACAAUGAUUUCGUUAUAGGUAUUCGUGACACGGAAUCCGUAUUACAAUUUUCCCACAAACUUAAAGACGCUAGGAGAGUCAUGAUUGUUGGCAAUGGGGGAAUUGCCACCGAAAUAGUGCACGAAGUUAAAGGCGUCGAGAUGAUCUGGGUAAUCAAAGACAAGCACAUUUCUGCAACCUUUGUCGAUCCCGGAGCUGCAGAAUUCUUUUUGGACAAGAUUUCUUCCAAGUCGGAUGUAUCGGAAAACCUUGAUAAAAAUUCACCAACCAAGAGAAUGCGAUAUGUUGUAUCGGAUAGUACACCGAUUGAAAACGGAGCCGCUCUUGGCCCGGAUUGGCACAACAGUUUCGACAUGAGUGGUACACAUUUUACACCUACGAAUGUCCAGGUUGAAUACCAGUGCGAAAUAUUAAAAUUACUCACAUCCGACGAACGAAAACAGUUUGACUGUACAGAAGAGUGGCCAAUUUACGCGCAACUAACGAAUGGUAAAAUUAUUGGAUGCGAUCUUAUUAUCUCGGCAACAGGUGUUACUCCAAAUUCUGAUAUAUGCGGAUUAGAAGAUCUCGAAAGAGGGGAGGAUACCGGAUUAUUAGUGGAUUGGAAACUGGAAACUUCGAAGAAGGAUGUCUACGCUGCCGGAGACGUAUGUACUGUUGGCUGGUCAAAAGCGAAACAUUGGUUUCAAAUGAGACUGUGGACGCAGGCUCAUCAGAUGGGCCGUUACGCCGCAAAGUCGAUGAUCUCGAAUUUAAGAAGUGAAGAAUUCCUGCAAGACUUUUGCUUCGAACUUUUCACUCAUGUGACCAAAUUCUUCUCUUACAAAGUCGUCUUACUCGGUUUGUACAAUGGGCAGACAUUAGGGAAGAAUUACGAGAUACUUUUGCGAAUCACCAAGGAUCAAGAGUACGUGAAAAUUAUUUUACAAGAUGGCAAAAUGCAGGGCGCGGUGCUCAUUGGAGAAACGGACUUAGAAGAGAUGUGCGAAAAUUUGAUACUUAAUCAAUUGGAUUUAAGUAUGUAUGGUGAAGAUUUGUUAAAUCCUAAUAUCGAUAUUGAAGAUUAUUUUGAUUGAUAUAUAUCAAUUUUUUAAUAAAUACACCUAUUAACAUUGUCCUGUUAAUCUGUUAUAGAGUUAAUAUUAAUAAAAUAAUUACUUCUGAUUCUUUGAUAAAAA